GAUGCUUGCAAGAUCAGCGAAGAUGCUUGGUUCGAGCUUCGAUUGGCUUCGAGUUUUGGAGUACCCGGCCACCGCACUCCAGACGAAGAACCCUCAGAUCAAGCGGUGCUGCAUGUAGUGACAGGGUUCUGCCUACUACCCAGGCAACAAGACGCCGUCGGCGAAGCCAUUGCCGUGGGGAGAACGGUCCAAGUGUCUGUUCCUAGGAUGCUAGGUCCAAGGAUGGACGGUCUGGAUGCUGUGAGCAGGGCGGGGUCAAGUUGGAGUGUUGUCGGUAUUAUGAUGCAAACUCUGAACGAGAUAAGCCAGAAUCGGUUCCCCAGAUGCACCUUCUGCAGGGCCUUCGGCCAGGUCUUGAAGAACAAGUCUGUAGCGUCGAUGGCACCAACCCGGUUCCGCGGGGAAGCGCCUGUUGAGCUGGAACGAGCAGAGUCACCUCAGCCAAUGGGAUGGCCCUGA